AUGGCUGCCCCAAACGACAAUGUCACGCACGCCCUCGCCGGUGCCGGCGGUGGCAUCCUGUCCAUGGUCCUGACGUACGAAAUGACCGAAACUAUCUCUCUCGCCUACCUUGUCGAGUCGAAAAAGGCCGACAGCAAGUUUAGCGAUGCCGUGCAGAAAAUCAUUGCCCGCGAGGGCGUCGCCGGCCUCUACUCGGGCAUCAACUCGGCGCUCUUCGGCAUCAGCGUCACCAACUUUGUCUACUACUACUGGUACGAAUGGACGCGCUCCUUCUUCGAGGCGGCCGCUGUCAAGGCCGGUCGCGCCAGCAAGAGGCUCACCACGAUCGAGUCCAUGAUCGCCGGCGCCAUUGCCGGUUCCGCCACUGUUGUCCUCACCAACCCCAUUUGGGUCGUCAACACGCGCGUCACCACGUACAAGCACGACGCCAACGCCGAACUCGAGGCCGGCCGCCGCGGCAAGGCGCUCGCCCGCCCCUCAACCCUGGCCACCCUCAUGGCCCUGCUGAAGAGGGAGGGACCCCAAGCCCUCUUCUCCGGCGUCAUGCCCGCCCUGGUGCUCGUCAUCAACCCCAUUCUCCAGUACACGCUCUUUGAGCAGAUGAAGAAUGCCGUCGAGCGCCGCCGCAAGAUCACGCCCACCAUUGCCUUCUUCCUCGGCGCUCUCGGCAAGCUCUUUGCUACAUCAGUCACGUACCCCUACAUCACCGUCAAGAGCAAGAUGCACGUCGCCAGCACCUCAAGCAAGAAGGACGGCAUGUCGCAGACCCUCAACCGCGUGGUCCGUGAGGAGGGUUACGCUGGCCUUUACAAGGGCAUUGUCCCCAAGGUCACCCAGAGCGUCCUGACCGCUGCUUUCUUGUUCGCCUUCAAGGACGUCCUCUUCGACCAAAUCGUCAAACUCCGCAGCAACCGCAAGAUUGCGGCCAAGUAG